CUGCUCCUGGGCGGCCAGGGAGGGGCUGGGGCCAAGGCUGGUGCGUGCUGCUUGCACUCUGGGGUGGUCCUUGCCCAGCUCGUGUGCAGACCAGUGUGGCUGGUGGUGGCUGUGCCCCGGGGGAUGCCCACAUUCCCAGAGCUCCGCUGGGCCUGCCUCACUUUCUGAGGGUCUGGAGUACUCUCUGUCGUUCAUGUUGUUUACAGUGCUGGAGAUGAGACCCAGGCCCUCUGCCUUCAGGCUGCCUGGUGCCCAGUGGGCUGUGGCUCACUUCGUGUCUGGCCACCUCUGUGCUGAUGCUGAGCAGUGGCUUUGUCCAACCAGGCCCAGAGUGACCAGGGUCCCAGGCAAGGCACCACCUGUGGCUGGACUUUCACAAGGGUGGCACGAUGUGGCCUUGGGGUGGCAGGGGUGCCAUCCUGGGUCUCGGGCCGGGGAGCAGCUGUGCUUCACUCCCAACAGGGCUACCGCACUCCCCUGCAUAACUGGAAGCUCACCCUGGCUGACGGGCACUUCUCCCUGGGGGCCACAUGACUGGAGAAGCUGCACCAGGGCUGCCUGGAGGUGGACCCAGACCCUUUCCCAGAGACUGACGCUGCGGGGCAGUGCUGGAGGUUGGGGUGACCCAGGGACCUCAGCAGCGGCAGUGCUGCACUGGGAGGGGAGCUAGGUGAGGCUGCUUCCUGGGGGCCAGGGCACAUCACUCCAGUGCCCAUGUAGAUGAUGAUAUGCCCUCAAGGACCUGUGAAAGAAGGGAGUGGAGCCUUCUGGAGGCCUGUGUGGGGACAGAGAGGAGUAGACAGGAGCACUGAGGUCCCCAUGCAGCCACUCUGCAGGGAGCAGCCUCGGGAGACAGCGUGGACCCUGACCCAGCAGCUGUUCGCUCAGCUGUCCCCACCCCAGCAGCCAGGCCGCCCACAAAAUAGGAAGAGGCAUGGGAGACGGCAGGGGUGACUUCCAGGGCCAAGCUGUGCGAGCAAGGCAGGGAGGGGCAUGCCUGCACCCAGGACCUAGGAACGCGUUGGGUGAAGGCUGGUGAUGAGUUUGCAGUGGAGAGGCCACCCGCCGUUCGCAGGCACUGAGGGGACAGGUGGCUCCAGAGACAGACCCAGUGCCCCUGUAUGGAGCGGCCAGAUGCAGGCACACUCAGACAGACAUGGCCGUGACCUUCCAGUGUGAUGACGGCGGAAGGUGGCCAAGGGUGAGGGCUGGGGGAGGGGAGGCCUGGACAGCCCACCGGGAAGGACAGCAGGUAGGUCUGCAGCAGUGCCGGGCUCUCCGACCUUGGGAGCCGUCUGCCGGCAGAAGGAGGGAGCGCCCCUCCACCCCGCGCCUUCGUGAGUGCUGACUCAGGGCUUUGCAGCAGGGAAUGGCCGCGGCACCGCCAGGCGCCCGCUCUUCUCCGCUCCCUUUUGAUCUUGUUUGUGAGCAGGGUCCCUCUCUGCCCAGCCCACCCAUGGAGGACCCCCGCCCCACCCUGGCCCCACACCGCUCCAGGAAGCGGCGUUACCAGCGGGAGCACUGCAGACCCACUUUCCAGAAAUCCCCAGCAGCCUGGCGCAGCUCCCACAGUUCCCAAAAGGGGGAGCAGCACCCCCAGCAGCAUCCCUGCCAGCGGUCAGAGGAGCAGCUGAUUCAGCACUCGGCCAUGCCCCUCCCCCACCGGCUGGGCAGUGAGCCCAGCUGCUGGCAGCUGUGUCACAUGGGGCCUUGCAGGGCAGUGUGGCUCAAGGCUCGUGCCCCGCACUGUGCCCGAGGGCGGGUGGCCGUCCUACCCGGGGCAGGUGAGGCUGCCCGGGCUCCCUAAGCAGCUAGAGUCUCCUGGAGCCCAGGCCGGCUGGAGUCAUGCCUGUGCCCAUCUCUGGCCAGGCCAGCUGUGGCUACCUGCCAUCCUGACCAGAGUUGGGGGCUGAAGGUGUGAGGGUGGGCUCCACUGUGUCCACUCGCUGGCCCAGGGGCGACCAAUACCCUGACUCCCCCAGGGCUUUCUGUGGCCUGCCCGCGGGUUGGGUUGAUUCUACCUGGACACAGGGGUGGGGAGGAAAUGGGGACAGGCAGGCUCAGCUCUGCUGGCAGCUGCAUGAGACAAGACAGGACCCUGGACGUCCCCAUAGCUGUGGGGAGCCCUGUAGGAAAAAUAGAGGAGAAGAGGGACUCCAGGAAGGAGAGGGGCGGCACCACAGUGUGGCGUGGAGGGCAGGAUCAGGAGGCUGCUGUGGCAAGGGUCGGAGGGCUGGGGCAGCCCCCGGCUCGGGGCCCGGCAAGGGUAUUGGCCAUCAGCUGCGAAUCGAGGCUUGUUCCUCAAAUGAGGACGUGUUCUUUCUGCUUUCUCAGAAUAUUAAUGCAGUCCUGCUGAAUGCGGCAUGAAUAUUCAUACACAGAUCGAUAAAGCCCUGGCUGCAGGCAUGGCCCUGGGAGAUGCUGGACCUGCCAGGGAGUGGCGGGGGAUGGUCUCGGCCCAGCAUGGCCUGUGUGGUGGCACCCGUGGCACUCCAGCUGGGGCUUGCCCCUCACCAGGGACAGCUGGCCUUCAGUCCAGGGCCAGGGGUGGGCUCUCACAGCGGACCCAGAAGAGGUUCCGGUUCUGAUUUUGCAGUGGAUGCGUGAAGGGUAACCUCUGCCCUUCUGAGUCUGGCACCCAGGCCUGGUCUUCAAGACUUGGUGAUGAGACCAGCACUCAGCCCAGCUGGGCAGAGUCUGGUUGCUAGGUGGCCGUGGGCAAUGCUCUGCCUCCAGGGCCUGACACCCUCUGUGCUCCCAGGCCAGCUGCUCUGCAGACCCCCAAGUGAGUGGACGGUCCUCCUGAGAAACUGCCCCGGGGUCUCUGUGCCACCCUGCCUGCUGGCCCAGGAGGGGCCUGAUGUGAUGUGAGUCCAGGUGUUGUGCGAUCUGUUACUGGCGACGGCACCAUGACAUCAUGGCACAUGAAUUAUUUGUGUGUUUCCUGGCUCCUAAUGCACCAGGCGUCCUAAUGAACACCAUUAUCUCCCUCAGUGUGUGCAGUCCUGAGUUGGCCCUGCAUGAGCUGCCACUUGGGGUGUGAUUCGGGGGCUGUGGCCGGGUUCACCCUCGCCGCCCCACUGUGUGUGCGGCUGCAUGCUGCCCACUGUCUCGGUUCCCAUCCUGGCCCCCUGCCCUCUGCCUCAGGGGCUCCCUCUCAGUGUUCUCUGAGCAAGGGCGGGGGUUGAGAAAACUUGGGGGGGCACCCUUCCUUAAAGCAAGGUGCAAGGUGACCUUAAGAGUCGGCAGUGCCUCCCCUCCCUCCUCGGGCUCGGUGCUUGGCAGGGCCAGUCUGACUCCGUAGAGAGAAAGGAGGUGUCUGCACCUGCAGCCCAGGCAGAGCUGCAGAGAGGACAGUGGGGGACCCCGGUGUGGGGACUGGGGAGGCUCCCAGCACCUCCUUUCCUCCCUGCAGCACUGGCUGAACCCUUGGGUAGUAGCAGCCCUCGGCUGGUAGCAGGUGGAGCUGCUGUCCCUCCGGUGCAUCCCAUGGGCAGUGUCCCGCCGAGGGGCUGGCACCGAGGAUGCUGUCCCCUGGACCCCAGGGUCUGGCAUGCAGCUCACCCUUUACUGGGUUUGGAACCCCAGUGCCACCAGCACUUGCCCCGGAACCCUUCUGUCUCCCCCUGGGGCCCCCAGCUGCUCCCUCGCGCAGAGCACUGUUGGGGGAGUGAGUUCCUGCCAAGGGCGCCUCUGUCCCCUCGCCUCGCCCACCUGGGCAGGACACAGCCCGGCCCUGCUGUCCCCCUGGGAGGAGGUGAGUCAUGGCAGGCCUUCUUGGGAGGAGGCAGUGGCAGCUGCUGCACAGCUGCACUGAGCGGUGGAGGGAAAUUUAGGACAAAAGAGGGAGAAGAUGAGAGCAUCCAAUUUGAGCUGAGGGGAGGCGUGCAGAGACCAAAUCGGUGCUGCCCUAAUUCCCGGGCCCAGGGAAGUCCUGCAGCUGCUCACAGGAAACCAAAAUACUCACCCAGUUUUCUUCAGCGAAAGGGAUCAUGGCUCACCUGGUGUGGAGGGCACAGAUGGCCACACUGCGGGAUGGCUGCAGCCCCUGUGUGUAAAACACAGGAAGACGCCUCUUGGCCUCCCUGGCACUGUGCGGGGUGUACCUGCUCACACCCCGCAGAAGUUCAGUCUUUCGGGGUGAGCAUGGAGGACCAGCUCCUUCCAGGUAAUACCUCGGGGGACAGGUGGGACAGUGGCCCUGACCUGGCAUCCAGGCAGAGGUUGGAGUGGAGGCUGCCUGGCCCACACCACUGCCAAGAGGUGGCAGCCGUGGCCCUGGUGUGUCUGCUGCCCUUCACCCACCAGCCGCAGGUCAUGCGGGAUGCGUGGGCUCCUCCCGGCCCCCCACUGCCUGGUAUCUCUUCCUGCUGAUGUGCCUGGGGUGUCAUCUGCCCCUGAGCCCCAGACAGGGCGGAGAAGCUGCCUGGCGGGGGCCGCCUCCGUGGCAGGGCAGGGGCAGCCAGAGGUCGGGGUCGGCCUGCACGUCCCGUCGUGUCUGUGUCGUCCUGCUGCUCCUAGCCACCCUGGAUGACUGGUGUCCCUCGUCCACCCUGCCGUGCCCUGAGGAAAGUCUUCAGCCCCACAAUACCCUCACCAACCAUAGGCCUCGUUUCCUCCUGGGACCUGGUCCUGACGGGACCUGAGGGUGCUCCUGGGCCUUAUUCCCAUGUCGGCAGAAGCCAGUGGGUGGCACAGACCAUUUCCUGCCCGUAGCUGAUGGCUAGUGGGAGCCCAAAGUGCCCGUAGCACUAGUGUGUCGGGUGGCAUGGGGCCUGUGAAGAACAUGUGGGUUCUGACUCCGUGGCCAGUGGGGAAAGGAGCUCUGCUCCCAACAGCUCUGUGCACCAGGCGCUGGAGCCCACAGGCGAGGGAGGCGGCGGCUAAGGUGGGAACCUCGGGGUGCAGAAGGUACUGGGAGGAGUGUGGACUAGCCUGGGCUUUGGGAGGGGUGAUGCUGGGCCCCUGGGAACCUCACUCAACGUCAAGAUGGCCCCUGUCGUCCACUCCCAGCCUGUCCAGCUGGGCUGUUUACUCUCAAGACUUGGGGAGCAGCCUCCUGUCCCCCUUCCUCCCUGGAGGGCCAGCUGCCAGCCCUACUCUGGGUCCCCUCACUGCCACCUCCACCCUGUGGGACCCAGGAAGCAACGCUAGGACCUGUGACCUGUUGUCCUCACGAGGUGUCCCCAGGGCCUGGUGCCCGUGCCUCACUCCAGGCUGCACAGGCCUUGGGUGGUGGCGAAAGUUCACACCUCUUGCAUCUGUGUGGCCACCUCCAGGCACACAGUCCUGCAGCAUGGAGUCCGCACCCCCUGCAGCACGGCCAUCCCCACCCAGACCCACAGCCCUUGGCCUUUCCCGAAGGAUACUCGUCUCCAGAAACGCUGACCCGGCUUCUACUGUCCGCCUGCACAGAUCUGGCUGCUGUUGGGCUUGGGUGGGCAGCGUCCAUAGCCACUGUCCCGAACCCGGCCAGCCUCCCUGGAGCAGGUGCCCUGCUGACACUGCCGUGUGGAUGGCCACACCAUGUGUGCACUAUUCCUGCCUUGCCUGCUGGGCCUGUGGCUGUGACGCUGUGUGUGCAGUGGCUUCCGGCCCUGCACCGAGUCCGCCAGUGCACACUCGAGUGGGAUUCUGGCCGCGCGCUGAUUCCGCGCUCCUUGAGCAACUGCAGUGCUGGUUUUCACCACCAUGGCACCACUGACCCUCCCCGCAGUCCUGCCGUUUCUCCAGGUCCCCAUCGAGUCCUGGCUCCCAGGCUGUCUUCUCUCUUCCCCACCCCGCUGCUGUGCUGGCUGCAUAUCACACACUGCCGGCCUAAUUCCUGUUUUUUCUUCCUAGGUAUCAAACCUAGGCACUGAGCUACAUCGCCAGCUGUCGAGGACCCCAGCUUAGAGUCUCUCUCUCCUGCAAGACCUUCGAUGCAUGGUGAAAAGAAGACAUAAAGAUUCACAGCAAAAUGAGGAACCUGGAUGGACCACGUAAGGCAUGUGAUGAGGACCCCAAGCAGCCAGGCCUACCGGAUUCACUGACUACGACAGCAGGAGUGAAGCAGGGUCGGCAGAUAUGUGUGGCAUCCAGUGACAUCAGCCGGCACAGGCAGGCUUACAAAAGGGGGGCAAGGCAUUCUUGCAGACAGAGCAGAACAGACCAAACGUGGUCUGUUGUUAAUCGGUAAGCUCUGAGGGAUGGCCGCUUGCAGGAGUGGAGUGUGGUCUGGAGCCGUAGAAUCCCGGCUGCAGUUACCUCACUUAGGAGCCCUGCAGCUGCACAGACUGGGAUUUAGGUGUCCCUCACAGCUGCUGCUGGGGGUCACGUAGGCUUCAAUUCGGCUCCCAAUACACUGUGGCCAAUUAUGGGGGGGUGCCUGCUGCAUGUUCCAGCCUGUUCUGACUUCAGUCAGGGGGCUCUGCCACACUCGGCCCCUUUUUAAAAU